AUGGCAAACUCAACGCAACAGUUGUCUGGGCUGCUGCUCUCCUUGCUGGGCUGGAUCGGCUCCAUCAUUACCUGCGCCCUGCCCACCUGGAGGGUCUCAGCCUUCCUGGGCACCGACAUGAUGGCAGCCCAGACCGUGACGGAAGGGCUGUUCCAGACCUGUGUGAGCGACAACGCAGGGAGGCUGCAGUGCAAGUACUACGACUCCCUGCUGGAGAUCAGCCCCGGGCUGCAGGCAGGUCGUGGCCUGGUUAUCACCUCCAUCUUCACAGCCUUCUUCGGCCUUGUCGCCGUCCUCACCGGCUUCAGAUCCUCUCGCUUUGCCGAGGAUGAGAACAUCAAGAACAGGAACACGGUCAUUGGAGGGGUCACCUUUGUCAUGGCCGGGGUCAUGCUGCUCAUACCUGUUGCUUCGAGUGCUAACAGCACUGUCUGCAACUUCUACAACCCCCUGGUGCCUGAAUCCCUCAAGAGAGAGCUGGGAUCUGCCAUUAUCGUUGGCCUCUUCUCCUUCGCCCUUGAGCUCAUCGGUGGGUCUGUCCUGUGCUCCGCGGGUCUCUCGACCAACAGGGACAGUGACCGAGAGAGGAAAGGCUGCAGCUACCCCAUGAAAGACUACGUGUGA